ACCAAACUACGGCCCGCGGGCCGGAUACGGCCCGUCAGCACAUUUGGCCCGGCCCUCUGAACAAUACCAGAGACGCUAUCGGAUUUUUUUCCUAUUUGGCCUCCAGAAAAAAAAUCCUAGGCCCGGCCCUGUCAAAGAGAGAACGGAAUAAUGGCGAAAAGGUUAGGUAAGAGAAAAAUUUAUUCAGAAUGCAGGGUAUUUAACCUGCAGUGGACAAACGAUUAUUUUUUUGUUCAAUGCAAAGAAAAGGCUGUUUGUCUCAUCUGUCAAGAGACGGUGGCGGUAUUCAAAGAAUACAAUCUUCGCCGACACUAUGAAUCCCGUCACAAAGACAAGUACGAUAGCUUGCAAGGCCAAAUACGAGCAGACAAACUAUCAAAGCUAAAAAGUGGACUACUAUCUCAGCAGAAUACAUUUGUACGCCAAGCUCAGCUGAACCAGGCAUCCGUUCGGGCCAGCUUUCGGGUUGCUAAACUGAUAGCAAGCAGCGGUAAGCCUUUCACUGACGGAGAGUUUGUUAAGAAAUGUAUGGAUGCUGUCGCGGAGGAGGUGUGUCCCGAGAAGAAAGAUGCAUUUAAUGCCGUAAGUCUGUCGGCGAGUACAAUCACCAGACGCGUUGAAGAAAUCGGGAGUAAUGUAUAUGCCCAGCUGCAGCAGAAGACGAAAGAAUUUGACUUUUUUUCAUUAGCACUGGAUGAGAGCACGGACGUGCAAGACACAGCGCAACUGCUCAUUUUUAUUCGUGGAGUUAGCGCAAACUUUGAGAUAUGCGAGGAGCUGGCAGCCCUCCAAAGUCUCAAAGGGACUACAACGGGAGAGGAUAUUUUUGACAAAGUGUGCCAAACCAUGGAGAAGUUGGACCUGGACUGGUCAAAGCUAGCUAGCAUCACGACUGACGGGGCUCCUAGCAUGGUGGGCGAAACUCGCGGUCUAAUAGGACGCAUGAACCGGGAGUUGGAAAAAAGGGGUCUCACCGCCCCGCUACGAGUCCACUGCCUAAUUCACCAGCAAGCACUGUGCUGCAAAGUGUUGACGUGGGAUUCUGUAAUGAAGGUUGUGGUGUCGUGCAUAAACUUCAUCAGAGCAAAGGGACUUAAACACAGGCAGUUCCAAGAAUUCCUGUCUGAACUGGAGUCUACGCACGGAGAUGUGCUGUACUACACAGAGGUCCGAUGGCUGAGCCGGGGCAGAGUUUUGAGGCGUUUUUACGAGCUGCUACCCGAAAUUAACGCAUUUCUUCAUUUAAAAGACAAAACGGUCCCAGAGCUGAUCGACCCAGAAUGGAAAUGGCACCUCGCAUUUUUAACAGACGUGACAGAAAUACUUAACAGCCUUAACUUGCAGCUACAAGGCGAGGGGAAACUCAUUUGCGACAUGUAUUCACACAUAAAAGCAUUUGAGGUGAAAUUAGCGCUGCUUUUGGAACAAGUGAAAAAGCGCAACUUCGUCCAUCUUCCUGCUACCCAAAACCUGUCGACAGAGAACCCAGCGGUCCCAUUCCCAGCUGAAAAGUGCGUGGAAGCACUGGAAAUGCUGAAGGCGGAGUUCGGUGUGCGAUUCAGUGAACUACAUGUUCAUGCAAAAGAAAUCCGUCUUUUUCAGAACCCCUUUGUUGCCGACAUUGAUGAAGCCCAGCCUUCAUAUCAGUUUGAGUUGGCUGAGUUACAGAACUGUGAUGUUCUGAAAGACGCAUUCAAGCCCAACAGUCUCAUUGACUUCUAUGCCGCCCUCCCAAACGACACAUAUCCAAACAUCAAAAAACACGCAAUGAAAAUGUCCACAGUUUUUGGCAGCACGUAUAUCUGCGAGAAAACCUUUUCUCGCAUGAAACUGCUGAAAACUCCGAUGAGAUCAAGAUUGACAGAUGAACAUUUGCAUCAGUGCUUGAGACUGGCUGUAACUAGAAUGGAACCUGAUAUUCAACUUCUCACCAGCCAGAUGCAGGCCCACAGUUCACACUGAUGAACAUACAUAGGGAAGUUGAUGAGAGAGAGCUGCAAACAGCGGUGUCUACAAGCC